AUGGCCGCCUCCGGGCCUGCGCAGAGUGGAGGCCAUCACGGCUUACAGGGCUUCGUGGACCACUUAAAAGACAAACUCCAUGAUACGAAGCUGUACGAUGUCAAGGUCGCCGUAUCACAUAAGAAGCAUCAGAUUGGUAAAUUUGGAAACCUGUUCAACAAAGAUCAUCGCCACGAUGAAGAGCACGAGGUCCGCUGCGACGAAAAGAGAACCCAAAUCUGCGACUCUCAUCGCUUCCGUUCCUAUUUUCCCGAGAGGGAUGGCAAUCUUGUCAAGUGGUACAUAGAUGGACGAGACUACUUCUGGGCCGUAUCCGUUGCAUUGGAGCAGGCCAAAGAGUCCAUCUACAUUGAAGACUGGUGGCUUUCGCCAGAGCUGUUCAUGAGACGACCACCUCACCAAAAACAAGAGUACAGACUAGACCAGAUUCUGAAGCGAAAAGCGGAAGAAGGGGUCAAAAUCUUCGUCGUCGUUUACAAGGAGGUCGAAGCCGCUCUGACUUGCAAUUCGGAACACACCAAGCAUGCCCUGCAAGCUCUCUGUCCGGAGGGCACUCCAGGAUACAACAACAUCAAAAUCAUGCGGCAUCCGGACCACAAUGUUCUAGAAAACGCGGCAGACAUGACAAUGUACUGGGCCCACCACGAGAAAUUUGUCGUUAUUGACUAUUCUAUUGCUUUCAUUGGCGGUCUAGAUCUCUGCUUUGGCCGGUGGGACACUCGCACUCACCCACUUUCAGAUGUUCACCCAGAUGAAGUGACUGCAGAGAUUUGGCCAGGCCAGGACUUUAACAACAACCGAAUCAUGGACUUCAAAAAGGUACAGGACUGGCAGAACAAUGAGGUCAGCAAGGCAGAUUAUGGUCGCAUGCCGUGGCACGACGUUUCCAUGGCUGUCAUCGGCCCUUGCGUCCUUGACAUAGCCGAGCAUUUCGUUCUACGAUGGAACUUUGUCAAACGAGACAAGUAUAAACGUGAUGAGAGAUUCGACUGGAUUGUUCUCGAGGGCCGUGAAGGCGAAGAUGAAGACUUGGUUGGAGUGCAGCGGCCAAAGUAUCCGAUGGGAGACUACGUCAAGCAUCCUUUAACCCCUGUAAGCACCAAGAACCUGCUCAAUCGGGGCACUGUCCAUGCACAGGUAGUGAGAUCUAGUGCCGAUUGGUCAAGUGGAAUUUUGACGGAUCAUUCCAUUCAAAACGCAUAUUCAGAGAUCAUUGCUACCGCGGAACACUACGUCUACAUUGAGAACCAAUUCUUCAUUACUGCUACUGGCGAGCACCAAUCUCCAAUCCACAACACGAUUGGAAGGGCCAUUGUUGAUGCCGUAGUCCGUGCCGGAAAGGAGGGUCGAAAAUUCAGAAUCAUCAUCGUCAUCCCUGCCAUCCCAGGAUUUGCGGGUGAUCUUCGUGAUAAUGCUGCGUCUGGCACAAGAGCCAUCAUGGAUUACCAGUACAAGUCAAUAUGUCGAGGGGAGCACUCCAUCUUUGAACAAAUCAAAGCCCAAGGAGUGGACCCCACCAAGCACAUAUUCUUCUUCAACUUGAGAUCGUAUGAUCGCUUGAAUAAGACUCCUGCAAUCGCUGAAGCGGAGGAGAAGACGGGCAUCAAAUACCAGCAGGUCCAGCGUGUCCUCGCCGAAGACAUUAUGAGUGAAGGAAUUCACGGGACAACGGAUCCAAUAGAAAACGAAAGGGAUAACCACAUGGGCCAAGAGCACGAGAAAGAAAAGGCUCAUAAUGAAGCCCUACAAGCAAAGGAGACAUUUGAGAAAGCCAAGCCAAAGGAACAAGUCCAGACCGCAACUACUGUUGCGCAUCAUGCCAUGGCUGGCCAACCCCCCUUGGAACACGAGGUUUGGCCUGAGUCAGAUCCAUCAUCUGAGAUAAAGAACUGGGUUCAGGAGGAGCUCUACGUACAUGCCAAGAUACUCAUUGCCGACGACCGAGUAGUGAUUUGCGGCUCAAGCAACCUGAACGAUCGUAGUCAGCAAGGAAACCAUGACAGUGAAUUGAGUAUCGUCAUGGAAGACACAAAUAUCAUUCGAACCACCAUGAAUGGAAGACCGUUUGAAGCAGGGUACCACGCAGCGACCUUGCGGCGGAUGCUCUGGCGAGAGCACCUCGGUCUUCUCCCUCCGCAAGAAUUUGAUGCCAAUAACGAUAUCAAUGCAAUGCCACCGAGUGUCGAGCCCAAGAACAACGUUUACGAUGAUGACGACAGUUGGAAUUUUGUAGAAGAUCCCCUGGGUGACGAACUGUGGGAUAUGUGGACAAGUCGGGCAGACCGAAACACCGAACUCUUCCGCCAACUAUUUCACGCCGAUCCGGAUAAUAACAUCAAAACCUUUGAUGAUUACAAUCGUUUCCUUCCGCCUAUGGGUGUUAAAGCUGGCCACAUUUUCGACCAGUUCAUGCCGCCUGAGGAGGCGAAGAAGAAACUGGCAGAGAUCAAGGGCCACCUGGUGUGGAUGCCGAUGGACUUUCUGAAGGAUGCGGAGAUGGCUGAGCGGGGUCUUCAGGUCAAUGCUUGGACGGAGAGUGUGUAUACUUGA